AAAUGCCCUGGCUGGGUGCGAUCACUGGGAUGGCGCAUGGCACAACAAUAGAUAUGCAGGGGCAUGCCGGGCCGGCUCACGCGUGUUGAACCGUUCAAGCGCCGAUGACAGGGGCCUUCCCGCUACCCGAAACAUCACAGUGGCGUCUGCACGUCUAACUCUCAGCCCGCUAAUAGCGUCCCACUGUGGAACUUGUCAUCGUUGAAAAAAAAACAUGCGCCUUUCCGCGUCAACGACUUCCUGACAUACGUUGCUGUCCUUCGCUGCUGCAAGUCCCCGCUGCUGUGCUCUGCGUGGACGAAGCACAGCGAGGAGUCGCUGCACUGUACCUGAAAAGACUGCAGGCAGUUUCAGGGGCGGUGCUCAACAAUGAGCGAAUUAAAGCAGUCUUUCGUGCGCGGAAGCGCUAGCAGCAGUGAUGUGGCCACCAGUGCCGAGGACACGGGCCCCUCUUCGAGCGGCCCCGGCUCCCCACUCAGUCGCAGUGGUGCGCUGGCCGGCGUGGCGCUACUGGCGACGCCUAGCGGUUGUGGCAGCAGCAGCAUUACCAAUCCCUUCGACGUGGAGCCGGAGCAACUCACUCAGCCGUCCUGUUCGCCGUCCAUGUUCUUGUCGAGGAGUCGCCAGACGCCGGGAUCGCGCCGGUCGUUUCGGUGGUCGAUUGAGCAGAUGGCCGGCUUGUGGCCCGUAAACAUAGAAGAGGAGCAAGAGCCUAGUCUUCCACAGCCUGCAAGGAGCGACGCCCUUUAUGAGGAACAGUCCCAGCAGGCCAUAGAACUGUUCUUCUCGCGCCACGAGAUCGUUCCAUCACCGUGGGAGGCACCGUCAAAGACAAAGAGUGUGUUUGCGGCGUCCAAAGGCCUUGCCCAUGGCGAUCCCUCCUUGAUGGAACAACAGCGCCCUCUGAUGUCCUCAGCUUGGAGUCAGACGACGCUCACAAUACCUCCAGAUGUUGAUCUCAACGCGGUUUUGGGAGACUACAUGAAGUUUCAAUCGGCACAAGACAAGCAAGCGGCCCAUCAGGUGAACCACAGCCGCGACUCGCUUCGACGAAAGCUCUUCUGCAACACCGUUGAGGCGAAGACGCGCACUCCCGAGAGGCGUGAAAGUGAACGAGUAAGCCUCUUGAUGGACGGCCCGUUGAGGAGGCAGUCCUCAACACCCGUGCACAUGGCGCUGUGCUCCAGCCCUAUUGGUGGGGGUUCCGGCAUACACGCCCGUUGCAGCCAGGGCUCGAGCCCAGGUGGUGAAGGCAUGCAGCUGUCACCGAUAUGCCGCCAGGCCUACACCAGGCCGCUGCUUGGAACACCUCAGCAGCAGCGAACCCUGAAACUCUCCGAGCCUGGCGAGUCUCCUCCCUCCACCGACGAGGAUGACCGCACUGACGAGAGUGUGGUGACCAGCGGAGGCGCCGGAGACAUGUCGGUGGUGACCGCUGCCGACCGGUCCGACUGCAUGCAGCUCAGUCCUUGCGCCAGCGGAUCGAGGCAGCCUGAGCCACUAUGACGAUGGCCACACUUUAGUCUUGCUAAAAGAUUACUUUUUUUUUUUUGUCUCGACACUGCCGUCAGCAACAGCCUCGUCCGUACAUCCGGGCCAUCUGCGGUCAAGUCUGUCAGCGUGACAGCUUACAGUGAUUUUUUUUUUUUCUUCUUACUACAAAGUGGGGUACUGGGCAUGCAGUUCACGGUGUAGAAUCUUCAGCGAAAAGCACUGAAGUGUAGGAAAAACACGUUCAGAAGGACGAACAAAAUCGCGAAAAACGGCGCUUGUGUUUAUCAUUCUCUCGCUUUUUCAUCGUCCUUCUGUGCCGUUCUUUCUGCACUUCACUGCUUUGCACUGCAGGUUUUACAUCGCGAACUCAAACCAGCUCGCCCACAUUGCCAUUAUCAUUCAGUGGACAUGUGACUGAAAGAAGUCCUUGUGUGAAG